AUGAGGUUAGUCAAUCGGCUUUGUGCGAAAAUAUCGAAGCCAAAAAUUUCCACCGAUAAAGUUCGUUACAAGCCGAGUGUUGGACUGGAAAUCCAUGCUCAAAUCUGCUCAAACAUAUCGCAUGCAAAAGCAACACAUUUCAGUUCGAAAAUGUUCUCAUCCGCUGCUUUCGACGACACUUCGCACGUGAAUUCAUCCGUUGAACUGUUCGAUAUCGCUGUACCCGGAACGUUACCCGUUCUGAACAGGAACUCUGUUCUGAGAGGCAUACAAGCGGGUGUUCUUUUGAACUGUAAGAUUGCACGACGUUGUCGAUUCGAACGAAAGCAUUACUUUUAUGCGGAUAUGCCGUCCGGAUAUCAGAUAACGCAACAACGAAAUCCGAUUGCGCACUCCGGAUAUUUCGAGUAUUUCGUUCAUUCGGCUGAUCAAUUUAGUGCCUACUCGACACUCGACAAAAGAAUAAAUGUGUUUACUUGUUCAGAAGGUCAGCUGAGGGUCGAUGCAAAUAUUUCGCUUGCGAGUGAAGAUUCACCGCGGUUGGGUGUUCGAACUGAGGUGAAGAACAUAAACAGUUUGAAAUCGGUUUAUUCGGCGAUCAACUACGAGAUAAGUCGUCAGCACGAGAUACUCAAGAACGGAGGCGAGGUGCUCAACGAAACGCGUGCUGUUGAUCACAAAGGACAUACGGUAGAGAUGAGGGAGAAAGAAAUUGAAACCGAUUAUCGUUUCAUGCCUGAACCGAAUCUACCAACAGUGGUUAUCAGUGAUGAACUCAUUGAGAACGUCGAAAAGAAUAUCAAACGAAUCCCCAAAUAUUUACACUUCAUCAACGAAUACGGCUUUGAUUGCGACUCUGCGCUGUACAUCACUAAGGACGAAAAGCAGACAAAUUUUAUCGAAGCGGUUCUCCGUGAACAGUCCGGUUUGGACGUGAAUUUUCUAUUGGAAUGGCUGAAGGAACUGAAAAGGAUUUGUGCAAAUUUGAAUACAAGUUAUCCACCAACGAGUGGCGAUUUUGCUUCAACGUUUGCAACUUUGAUAUAUUUGAAUAGCGAAUCGCGUUUAACUCGUUUAACAACAAUCGAUUUAUUGAAAGGCUACGCAUGUGGUUCUCUGUUAUCAACGCCUUUAGAGAUCGUUGAGGAAGAAAACUUAUGGCAAAUAAAUGACUGGAAUGAAAUAUUGAAUAUUGUGGACGAGGUGUUUCGCGAACGAGGCGAGCUCGUUUCACGAGCCAGAUCGCGGAACGCUAGAACGAAAUGCGUCAAUAAACUGCGCAAUGCAGUCAUUGAAAGUUCUUUUAAACGUAUCGAUGUUCAGAAGGCACUUGACGGUGUUAUGGAGCGUUUGAAGAAAAUCUGA